GUCCAUACGUUAAAUAUUGCAUUGUUUGUCCGUGACAAAUUUUUGCUUUCUUUGUAAAUUUAUGUUCUGCAGGGAUAUAUGUAAAAUUUGUCCAUAGUCGGAUUAUGUAUAAUGUAUUGCAACACCUACCGCAGGGUAAAUGUGGCUUGUUACUUCAAUUAUGUACUUAUGAUAUGGUUCGCAGCUCCUUUUCUUGAAGCUGACUUGAUUAUAAUUAAAUGGGUUGAAUUAAUAAAUAUUUACAAAUAAUUCUAAUCAAAUGAUUAGAGAAUGGUAGCAGCAGCAAGCAAUGAAUAGAUAAUAGAGAGUAUAUUUUGUUUGUUUAUGUGCGCAUUAUCGAAUAUGUGAUCGCACACGUUUGCGGUAUAUUCGUUCUUUUUUAAAUAUUCUUAUCUAUAUGUAGCUUAUCUUUUCUGUAAGACUGACUUUAAUAAAACUUUUAAACAGCUAUUUAUACAUAUUAGAGCGGGUAUGCGAAUUUCGCGAUAUGUUUAUUAUGCUCAGAAUAGGUGUCGACUUAGCUUUCUAUUUGCCUGUCUACCGUCUCCUUAGUUAAAAUCACAAGUACGAACGCAGAAAUUUUCUACUAGCAAAACUUAUUUCUCAGUUCUUUCCGUGUCAUCUUCGUUAGGUUAAGUUAAAAGGUGCGGCUACACCCGUUCGUGCAUCUGUUGCCUAUUGACAAAAAAAUACUAUUUAUACUUUUAGAUUUAUGACGCGAGAAUAUGUCGACGGUUAUAGAUUAUCAAAAUUAAAAACAAAAAUUUGUAUGCCAGUUGUCCCGAAAGCACUCUUUAGGAAACUUCUAUUUUUAGGUGCUAUUUUAAAGGAUAUUUAAGAAAAAAUAUCUUUGCAUACAUCUCUAGUACUCAUCCAUCGUCACACAUUUUUAACCACAUACAUAUUUAUAAAGUCGUAUAAAUCAGUGCUUUGCGAUACGUUGACGAUUUAUUUUUUUAUUUACAAAAAUUCCGUAAUUUCGUUUUUAUGUCUCACUUUUGCUUUAUUAUUUUCGCCAACAUGUUCUUUUUUAAGUACGUUUACGUAAGAAAAAAAAAAAAAUUAAAUAAAGUAACAAUAAAUUUAAAUCCAUCACUCUUAAAAAAAACGGAGUUACAUAUGACAAUAGCAAUGCUCAUAUGUUUUUGCCUGAAUAAAUGCAUAACAAUGACAAUCACAUUUGUAUAUUUGCAGAAUAAUGUCUGAGAACAAAACAAAACCCUUUAAUACCCUAUGGAGUAUGUCCUUUAUGGGGUCUACUAGCGAACAGUAUAGUAAAACCAAUUCUCCAGUAAGUUCAACUGCAUCAACAGCACUUAAAACAAUAUCAACAUCAACGAUUACGAGCAAUGAAUAUAUCACUGACAACAACAGUACUAAGGGACAUGAUAGCACGCAGAAACCAGAACACAAUGUGGCAGGUCCACAAGAACAAAAAUUACAACAGCCGCGGUCACAACUCUCACCUGCAGCGAUUUCUACAAACAAUGACUUACGCACCAUAUCAAAUAAUAUGCAAAUCUUACAAGUCAACGCUCACAAACAAAAUAGUGGUGUUAGCCCUUUGGCAAGUCGAACUGGCGAAGAAAAUGGCGACAAACUUUAUGGCUUUGUGGAGGACAUUUGUCACAAAAUACGUUUAGCUGUUACUGGCAUUGGCGAUGGCCUCUAUCAAACACAAAUGAUGAAAGCCAUUAACCAAUAUAAAGUUUUUUGUAAUGAAGCUUUUAAACAGGAUUUAGAAUCAGUAAACAAAUGUCGUAAAUUAACCAGGAACAUGCUGCACAUGAUGAAUUUAUUUCACAGUGUAUGCGCAGACUUUUCCGAUACUCCUGAGUAUAUGCAACGUUUAUGUGAAUUACUUGCUAUAUAUAUUGCCGUUGAGUUGCGAGUUUGUAAGGAAACGAAAGUGGAUAUUUUAAUGGUAGCCAAUCGUAUUGUUUACUUACUGCGUCAAUAUUUAAAAAAAUCCGAUGAGAAACAAACUUUAAUUAAUCGGUUAUGUGCCUUGGUCCGUAUACCAAAUAUGUAUGGUGAACGUGAUAUUAUGACAACCGUUUUUGAAGAAUUUAUACCACGUUCCGCUAUCGUUAUACAAGAAGAAAUGCCGGAUAAAUUAUAUAUGCAAUAUAUCAUAUUGUUUUAUCAAUGGAUGCGUUUGGAUGCGAAUUUGGAAUCUCAAAUGCGUAUCAUUGAGUUCGCUGAAAGAUUUAUGCGGCCGGCAGAUACAUUGCGCAAUAAUGCUUCAUAUGCUUACAACUUGGCUAGAUACUCAUCUAAUAGCACUGCUACUCGCACCAUAUUAUAUAAUAUGAAGUUCUUUCAAGAUCUAAGAAAUGCCUCAAUCAGAGACAAUAGUAUGGCGGCCAUUAGCGACGUUGUGGAACUAUACGACGAGGACGACAAUCUCCUGGAAGAAACCUCCCGUGGCAUUGAUUUUUCUGAGAUUUUCUCUUGCAUAUCAAUCAAACCUUGGGAACAAUCGCAACGUAUAAAAUUGGAACGUAAUCAAUAUUCAGAUACCGUUGAUUUAACAGCUGACGACGAUGACAAUGAGAACGUAGUGGCUAUGGAUAACGACUCCAUAGAAAUUUCCAAUGAAGAGCUUUGGCUUAAAGAUUUUCAAAAACUUGCCAAACAAUGUCAGCCUGUGCGACAUUAUUUGCCUGCUUUGAGAAAUGAAACUUCAGUUGCCGAUGAAGAUAUUAUCGAUCUUGACAGUGACCCGGAAUUGGAUUUAGAGGAUAAUCCGCCAAAUACCGCAAAUUUAGCAAACACAGCAAAUAUAGCAAAUGCAGAAAAUACAAUCAAUACAACCCAUAAAACAAAUACAACAAAUAUAACAAACACAACAAAUAUAACAAAUACAACAAAUAUAACAAAUAUAACAAAUACUGCAAAUAUAACAAAUGAAAUACCUCCGGCCGUUGCUUCGGAUGAAGAGAACUUUUUUUCUUUAGAUUACGUUAGCAGAGACUGUGACAAUGCUACAACAACUAAUGAAGACGAUCAUGAGUCUACCACAAUACGCCCACGUCUACCAUGCGAUAAUGUGCGUACUUAUGCCACGAAGAAAUCCAAUAAUAAAUCGUCGAUGGCCGCAAGCACAGCUUUGGUUACUGGCAGUACGGGUGCACGCGACUCAAGGACAUCGCAGAUAGCAGAAGGUCCUCGAAUUGUGAACACGUUCUCUUGCCGCCGUGAAAGUUUACAUAUUGUCUCAUCGCCUAACGGCUCCCAGGCAGACGAUGCCGGUACGGAUGUACAAGAUGAAAACGAUGAUCGCAGUACAUUCGAUUACUCUCCGUUAUCACCUCAAAAACCUUUAGAUGCGGACACUGGAAAUCGACAGGCUACCGCCCGUGUUCCAUAUCCUUGUCCUACCUAUUCUAACGAAAUGGGAUCAAAUCGCGUCGUGUUUUCUCAAGAAGCACCUCGAUUGCGCUAUAAACACAAAGAAUUAAAAUACUCUGCUGACUCGAAGAAACCACGGUCAAGUUCAAGCAAAAAGUCAGAACAGAAGAAACGCGUUAAAUUUAAUGAAAAGCAUAUAGGGCCAGCGGCCACCCAUGUUGGCUUAAAGACUCCUGUUAAAUCAUCUAUACAUUUAGGGAAAUUGUCGGCUUCAGAUUCGGCCAGCUACUACUUAAAUUCACAACGCAAAAGGCAUACCAAUUCAACAUCGAGAGUGGCUAGCUCUGCAUCAACUUCUUCAACUUCCACCGAGUCUAUUAAAGAACUAACACAACAAGACUUCAAAAGUAUACUGAAAAAAAAACGUGUGCUUAAGUCGAAAUCCAACAAAUCUGUGUCAGUUUUUAAUAAGAAAACUUUAAGAAGUUCUAUUAAAUCUAAUGAUAUUUCAUUAACCAAUUGUAAGAGUUUAGAUCAAGGGCACUUAGCUGAAUGCAAUUCAAAUGUUGCUACUAAACAAACAAUACCGGAACACACAAAAAAACUCACAUUAAAUCAACGAACUAAUGGUGAUAAUCACCAGCCACAGACAAACGAUGACCUUUUGACUGACGUACAGACAAUGAAACUUGAAAAAGAAAAAUUGAUGCCUCCUGAGGUUAAUGAUGAUAUAAUUUUCAAGAAACCUUUACCCGUACGGAGAAAAUUAAGAAGCUAUAAGUUAGCAACCACUUGGAUGGAAGAGUCGACAAAAGUUGCAGGCCAGAAUAUUGAAGCAGAAGAUAGGCAAGGUUCAAUCAAAGAAGAGCCAUCAGAUUCAAUUAAAACAGAUUCCAUAUUGCAAGCAAAUGAUAACAAUGACACUGAGAAUGUUUCGCAAUGCACUUGUAUUGAUAGUAUUACGGAGUCGAAUGAAAUUCAUUGUGAUCAAAUAAAAGAAAAAAAUAUAAAGUAUCUGGAUAAAUCAGAAGAAAUCAUAGAAAAUGCCAUUAGCGACCUUUUAGGAGACAAUAAAGAGACUGCGGAAGAUGUUAAAAAAAUUGAUGAGAAGACAAAUGGAAGCGAUAAUCCAAGUGAAAGUCAUUUCAUAACGAAAAGUGACGAUAAAGAGGACGUGCUUGCCUUGAACGAUUUUAAGAUUAUGGAAGAGAAUAAAAUAGAUAUUGCUGAAAUAGAAGUUAAUAAAUCGAACGAGGAGGACUUUGAAAAACCUGAAAAAAAAGAAGGCGGCGGCGUAUAUGAUCUCCUUACUUCGGAUGCGGAAAACGUAAAAGUUGAUGAAUCAUUUGAGCUUAAAGCUGAUGAAGAAGACAAGAUGGAAAUUGAAACUGCUGAAUAUGCAGAAAACCUUGGGCAAAUACCAGAUAAUCAAGUUGAAACAAGAACAUCAGAGAACGACGAAAGUGAAUCGGAUGACAUUUUAGAAGACGCUAACAACAAUGUAGAUACGGAAGAUAUUAAAGAAGUUGCCGGCAAUAUAUGUGCAGAGGAAGAGUUUGUAGAAAUUGAUAAGCAUGUCGAAAUAAGUUCAACGCCAGCAAUGGUUACGUUAGUUGCACCGAUCGAAAGUUGUAAAGAUGUGGAAUUAAAUUCAAGCCCGGCCGAAGAUGGACCUGUAGAAAACAAUAAAGAAAUGGAAUCAGGUUCAGCAAUGGUCAUUAUGAACGGGCUCGCUGAAAAUUCUAAGGAUAUGCAGUCAAAUUCGAGUUCAAUAGUCGACUUGGAGAGUGAAACUGCCGAAAUUUCUAAAAAUAUAGAAUUAAGUACGAGCGCAGCAGAAGUGACAGACGAUGAGUCUCCUAUAGAAACUUGUACAGGUAUUAAUGAGAAUAGCUUAGCCGUAGCCAUGGAGGAAGCAGAAAAUUCCAAAGAUAUGGAACCAAAUUCAAUUUCACUAGCAGUCGCAGAAGACGAAUCUGUAAGUGACUGUAAAGAUACCGAAAAUAAUUUAAAUUCAACAACAAUCAAAGAGAACGAGUUCGUGGGGAAUUGUAAGGAAGUCGAAUCAAAUUCAAAUCCAAGUGAGGAUAAACCUGCUGAAAUAUGUAAGGAUGCGAUACCAAAUUCUGUCACAACAGGAGCUGCUGCGAACGAUGAAUUUUUGACUGAUAACAAGAACGUUGAGUUUGUAGAAUCAAAUUUGCUUGCAAUAGAGAACCGAGAGAGGUCAAAAAUCCUAAACAACGUUGAAACGAAGGAUUUGGUUCUUCCUGAAAAUAAUUAUGAAUGUAAAGAAUCUGUAGGAAAGUUGUUGCCCAAUAAUGAAGAAAGCUCCAAUAAAGAGAGAAAAGAAAGUGAGCAGACUGUUGAAAAAUCGUCAUACAAUAACUAUGAAAAUCAUAAAGGCGAAGAAGUAAAAGAUGAAGAAAACGCAAAAGAUAUAGGAAAGCAAACAGAAAAGCAAGUCAUACCGAUUACAGAUCCUCAGCCCUCUACUCCCAUAACAAGUAAUUUUAGUGCCGAAUUUUUGGCAGGGUUACCCAAUGAGCCGGCAGUUAAUGCGAAUGUGGAUAUUGACAUAACCGCGAAGGACCCGACAGUGAAAAGGGAAUUAGAUUUUGAAUUUGAAUCUUCCAGUACUCCGUCCUCCAUGGUACGCAUAGAUUUAGAUUCUAUGAAUGAAAACACAAACGAUGUCCACCAGCAAUCGCCUCAAAGCGAUGAACCAAAGGAAGUGAAUAAAUUAUUGGAAGAGUUUAAUAAUAAAACUGAAGACAUUGUGGGUAACAGCUUAAAUAAAAUACAACAAGAAACUGAACAGCACAAUGAACCGAUGAGCGUGGAAAAAGUGAAAGUAUUAAAAGAGAACAGUACUUCUGACGAAUUUGGUAAAUUAGAUAGCGUAAAAUCUUUAUCAUUAACUACCGAAGCAAUUGCUGUCGCAGAUCUUAAAUUAAAAGACGGCAGCUCUGAUAAAUUGGAGACUUCUCUAAAACCCCAAGUAACUGAAGCAACCAACAAACAUAUGACAGUGGAUUUAGUUAAUUGGCAGCAAAGACAGAAGAGUGGAACACAGGAGGAAACAGAUAAUAAUCAUUCUGACGUAUCAGCUACAAUUUCUUUGAAUCCAACACUUCCCACUUUGAUUAUCUCUAUACGUACACGAGCCGUUAAUAAUACGAAAAAGACGUAUUUUCAAAUAUCAAAUCGAGAUAAAAACGAGAAAAGCCCCGAUGCUGCUGAAGAAAUUAAAAUAAACAAGGAAGAAGAAGAUACUAAGGAAGAAGGAAACGUAAAAUUAUCUUCUAAUGAGUCGGAAAGUAAGUCUUUAGCAAAUUUAGAAAAUCAGGAAGCGGAAACUUUAUCUUCUCCGAAAAGAACAAAUAGCUUAAUUUCCUUAGAUGAUUCGGCUUUCGAUAAAAUAACAAAGAUAGAGGAGGAUGAGGAGGAAGAAGAAGAUACUUUAGAAUUAGAAAAGCUGUCGGCUGAUUCAAAUUCGGCUUAUUCGUUGCCGUUAAAGAAACGUCCAACACAAUCUGAAUUAACAGAAGAGGGACAACAACAAGAAGAUCAAUAUCCGCUAGAACCAAUUCCAGUGGAUGUGGCUGCUGAAGUGGUUAUAGGAGCAGAUAAUGAAUACAAUGAUUUAAAAACCAUCGAGGUGAACGGAGCUAUUGUAGUUGAGCUCGAUGAAACAAAAAAAGGUAAAAAAAUUGUCUUACCAUCCCCACAAACGCAACAAAUGCAAUCACAACAACAAACACCUCGUAUACAAGUAGUGGCACCUCUUAAGGAAAUCGAGAAAGAUGAGCCGAACACAUCGAGGGCAUCUGAACUACCGGAAUCUUAUCCGGCCACGCCAAUGUUGAGUGUAGCUAAUGUUGAGAAGCUGAUGGACUUAAGCCGUUUCAUCGACAAAAUUAUGGCUUCAGUAGAUGUGGCUGCAAUCAUUGCUUCAGCCAAUGCGAUCGGUUGCUUUGCUGAAGGUCAGAUAUAUGAAAUGGAACGUACCGCUAUAUUGGAGCAUUAUAAUAUAGCGAAUGCGAAUGGUAAAACUACCAGCAAGCCAUUAUAUUGGAAGAAAGGAGUCGAAGACACAAUUUCAAUAUUUAAUGAUAACGACAACGAAUGGAUAACUUUGCCACCAACAACGGCCAAACAAUUACAAAAAUUGUCAUUUGUGCUGGCUAUAUUGCAGGAACAAUAUCAGGUCAGUGACGUAAGGCAACGAAUUAAUCUGGCACUCACCCAUCUCAUUCACAAAUCGCAUUCGACUGUCAUACAAAAUUCAUCACACAACACUGGGGAAAAUUUUAAGCUGGCGCAUUCUUCGAAAGAAUGUCAAGAUAAUAAUUUGGAAUAUAUAAAAAGUCAACAAAGAAAUGUUAACGAGACCGUCAGUAAUAAUUUAUUGCCAGCUCCGCACAUGGAGCGAAUGCCAAGUCCACAACAUUUUGUAACUGUCGUUACCGAUAAUUCACCGUCACGUCCAAAUACUAAUUUAAAUGUGACGAGAUUAAGCGGUAAUUCACAAAAUAAAACACAUGAUUCUGCAAGCGGAUUGAUAGAUCCGAAUAAUACAGUGAAAAUUUGGCCAGGUACUUUGGCCAACUCAAUGAUGGUUAAUAAUGUCCUCAAUAAUAAUUCCGUCUUUAUGUCAACAUCUAACAACGAUACCAUAUAUGGUUCCAUGAAUUUUUCAAAUACCUCAGGAGUUGUAACAGCGGACUUAACUGAAAACCGUCAAGAACAACAAAGCACUUGGGAGGAUUUCACCGGCGAACAAAUUUAUAUAAAUCCACCCUGCGCCACAAGUCCUCAAAAUGAGGUAAUCGUUAAUACCAGUGGCGUGCAAUUGAAUGACUUUUCUCAAAGUACGGCUGACUCCCAAAAUAUAUUCAUUUCUAUUACAGAUAGCGCUGCGCCAGAAAAUGAUACGAACACCGCUCAAUUGCGUCGGCAACGGUCAGUAGAUGAUAAUGGCAGUGGUGAACACUAUGCCAAGCGACCGUGUCUGUCCAACACUGGAAUGAGUGCGAUAUUUAAUACACACUUUGGCAAACUGAACAGAAAUGUUGUAUUACAAAACCCUUACUUAGUGCAAAAUGACAUGAGUCAGCGAACGAACAACAAUAAAAGCAAUCAUAAUGCUAAUAAUAUAAUACAAGCAUCGGGUUCAGGUGCCUCGCAAGCGCUCCAGCAGACCAAUGUUUAUAACGAAGCUUCGCAGCAAAUGUCUACUAGCCUAUAUACAACCCGAACACCUCCCGCUCCUCUUGCUACACAGCAAUUAGGUAACAUCUGUGCCUCACCUUCGUCUAUGGGAAUUCAACAGCAGCAAUCAGGCAAAACUGAUUUCAAUAAUUUAAGCUUCUUGCAACAAUAUGUGGCUCAAGUAAGGGAGAAUCAAAAGUUUGUAGAUCAACAUCUAUCACAAAUAAAAGCCAAAAUUGAAAAUAGUCCAAUUAACAAUAGUUCGCAACAUUUGAAUGUUACCAAUUGUGGUAUAACAAUGAUGUCGAAUAGUAGCGCAAGCACUUUGCAACGUAAUAACGUCAAUAAUUCUAGCGGUUUUCGAGCGCCGCCUAAUACUUCAACUACUUCUGGAGCUUUAGAAGUAGUUACCUCAUUUAUUGAACAAUCACAAGCCUAUCCUACUGAUGUUCAAAUUAAACAACAACAGCAACAACAACAACAACAGCAGAAUUACACGCAGCAACAACAGGCUUAUACGCAACAACAGCAAAACUAUACGCAACAGCAGCAGCCUAACUAUACACAGCAACAGCAGAAUUAUACGCAGCAACAGCAACAGCAAAAUUAUGCGCAACAACCGCAACAGCAGAAUUACGUGCAGCAGCAGCAGCAGCAGCAGCAGAAUUACACACAACAGCAGCAGCAGCAGCAACAGCAAAAUUACACACAACAGCAGAGCUACACGCAGCAACAAAAUUAUACACAGAAUACCUAUACUUCGACGACGCCAACUGUAAUGUCAUCUACGCAGUUGCAUAAUGAUCAACGUAACCUCAUGGAUUUCGCGCAUUUGGUGGUAAAUUCAGGCUAUCAGCCAACACCUACACCGCCGACAGCUUAUGAAAAUACAUAUGUUAACUUUGUUGUAUGCCGCGAUAAUCUGCAAUCGAAAAGAAAAAAGCGGGCGACAACGAAAAGAAAUGCUCCACCGAUAAUGAAGCUACAACAAAUGGAAACUCGGGCUCAGAUUGAGCAAACGAUUGAAAUUGAACCGCCUGCAAAGAAAAUGCAUGUAUUGAGAAAGAGAAAACCAGCCGAGCUGCAACAGAAAACCGAGAUAGAAGUGAUGCAAUUACUGGAACACCAGCACCAACAUCACCAUCAGCACCAGCAUCAGCAACAUCAGCAACAUCAGCAAUUACAAAAAUUGGAAAACCCUGAACAUAACCUGAAUAACAACAUCGUACAACAGCAGCAAACGCCUACCUUCAAUGAAACCAAUACUACCAAGCGUAGAGGAAGACCAAAACGCAAUGAGAUUACGACGCCGCCUACAACGCGACAACGCAGCCGUCAAAUAAUCAACAACCAAGCUAAUAUUACGAAAACUACUGCCAAUGUUAGCAUAGCACCAGCAAUACAUAUGACGACGACACCAAUAGUGGUGACCACUACAGCUAAUAACACUUUCGCUUACCAUACGCCGAAUCAAACCCUUUCAAGCACUAGACACGCUGCUCGAGAGGCUGUUAAACGUAUACACUCCGCAGUCACAGGAAAUUAUUUCGGAUGAAAUACUAAUUUCAAAUUUUUUAUCCACGAUCAUUCGUAUUGGAAAUCGAAGCAUGGCCGACGGCAUAAACAUUGAAAACGAAUCCUUUUUAUUUUUUCUCCAUUAUUAUUUUUUUUUUUUUUUUUUUCUGUGAGGCAUAAACUGUUAAUUUUGUUUCCGUGGUUGUGAGUUUUUGUGUGCCGUGUGUUAUGUACACUCGCUUACGGAUGGUGCAUCAUGUUUGUAAGCUUGACUAUUUCUUUUACUUUUUUUUUUUUUUUUUUUAUAUACAAAAUUCUUACCUUUCUUGAUGAUCAUUACACUUGUCUAUCAUUGAAUAACUUUAUGAGUUAAAUUAAAUUAUUUGUAUAAUAGAACCACAUAUGUGUGAAUUUUCGGUAACACUCUCUGUAGUAUGUAGUUGGGAUUCUCAAAUCCCAAUUUAUUAAUGUUUUUAAACUAUGAACCACUUUUGCUAAAACUUGGGCUUCAUACAAGGGAAAAAAACCCAUUAAAAAUGAAAAGUAAUUUAGUUUUAAAAUUAAUUGAAUAUAGAAAAUAAUCUCUUACAAAAACAAAGUCAGCAAUCAACUUCCCAUUAUGGUUCACAUAAAGGGCCAAUAUCUGCAAUCAACUUUCUUUUAAUCAUCAAUCAACUUUCCUGGAUUAGUUCAUUACAUACACAUAUGAUGACGUAUAUGCAACAAAAAUCUUCAAUCAACUUUCUCAAUGAACCUGCCUGCAUUUGGGACUACAUUACAUACAAUAAAAUGUUUGGACAACAAUAAUCUACAAGAAAUUUUACAACAGAAUCUCGCAACUUCUUCAAUAAACUUUCCCUUACGAAAAUUCAAGCUGCUCACCAUCAUCCAACCGAUCAAUGAUCCUCAUUUUGGAAAUAUCUUCUAUCAACAAUCAAAAGUGCCAUGCUUCCUAUCCAGGAUAGAUAUAAAGGAAAAAAUCGUCGAAAAUUAGCAAAAUGUUCAAUUUUUUAAUUAUAUGCUUGUUUUUUUUUUUU